AUGUCAUCAACACCACAAUCAGCUAGGAAACAACCAGAAUUUAAGAUCGCCGUUGUUGGCGGUGGAGGAGUCGGCAAAAGCGCACUCACCAUUCAAUUCGUUCAACACUUCUUUCAACCACAAUACGAUCCCACCAUCGAAGAUAGUUAUCAAAAACAAAUGAAAGUAGAUGAAAAAGUUGUACAAUUAGAAAUUACAGAUACUGCCGGACAAGACGAAUUUAUUGCAUUGAGAGACACGUACAUGAGAAGAAACGAUGGAUUUGUUCUCGUUUUCGAUCUCACUGCAAAAACCACAUUGGAAGAACUUGUUAAUUUUGUCGAAGGUAUUAAGCGUGUGAAAGAAGAAGAUGAAAAAUUCUCAACCAUUCCAUUCGUAUUGGUUGGAAAUAAGGUGGAUUUAGGGGAUCAACGAAAAUUCACGAAAAAAGAAGUCUUAUCCUUUAUGGUGGAUCGUUUGGAAUUACCUGAGGACACGCCGUAUUUUGAAUCGAGUGCUAAAAAUCGAGUGUUGUGUGAUGAACCAUUCGAAACCAUGGUGAGAAGAAUGAGAAAAUUACAAAAAACCCAACCAAAAACUAAUGAAGGAGGAAAUGUACAAAAUUCUUCGAAUUCUGGUAAAAGUGGAUUAUUUUCGAGCAUGUCUGGAGCAUCCGAAAAGGAUCAUGAUUUGCAAACCUUUAAGGAAUUACAAUAA